AUGCAAGGACACUUACUCGGACGGGUGACCCUUAUGAAAUUAAAUAUUACCCGAUUUGCGGCUCUGGAAGUGGUUGUCUUCAAUCGACCAACCCGGGUGGAUAGUGAGCAAAUGAUGCCACUCUUGCGGCAACUGGCUGCUAUGAAUGAUAUUAAUGUGGUGCUUAAUGGACCCGUGAGAACGAUGAACAGGACACGCACUGAAAAGGAGCAACUCACAGAAUUGGAAUGGGCCAGUGAACUGGAGAAGGGAUCCAUUUAUAUAGCGCACUCCAACUGGCUGGACUUUGAAGGCUUUGGCUACAAGAAACCGAUCUAUGUAUCCUUAGUGAGAGAUCCCAUAGAUCGGAUGGUCACGGAUUUCUACAAACGCCGCUCUUGGGUGAAGAGAGCUAUAUUCCGAAGGAUGUAUCCAGGGCGUCGCGAGAGGCCAGAGGAAUGGUACAAUCUAAGUUUCAGCGAGUGUGUAAGAAGUGGAGAUCCGGAAUGCCGAUUUGUCCAGUAUUCUGUAUCGGACUAUAUCCAGGACUUUAAAAGGCAAUCCCUUUACUUUUGCGGCUCAGAAGCCGAUUGCUUGCCGUUUAAUUCCCACAAUGCUAUACAAGUAGCAAAACGUCGAGUAGAAAAGGAAUAUGCUGUGGUGGGAACCCUUGAGGAAACCAAUAUAACGCUGACUGUUUUCGAAAAAUAUAUACCCAGAUUCUUCAAUCACGCUCGUUUCCUAUACAAAUUGAAUAGCAAAAGUAUUCGGAAUCGGAAUAGGAAUAAUCGUAAACCCCAAAUUGACCCAGAUGUUAAGGAGAUGGUAAGACGCAACUUUACCAACGAAUACGAGUUCUACUACUUUUGCAAGCAGCGUUUGUAUAAACAAUAUCUGGCCCUGCAACUCGAGAAUAAUCUUAAUUGA